UUGCACGGGUAGUAACUGUGUUCCCACGACAGCCACGUGGGUUCUGCGCCCUGUCCCCUUUUGGCAGAAAACCAGUACUCCGUGUUUUGUGACGCAGCGAGGGGAGCCGGGACAGGACCCCACGCCCACUCCAUGCUCUUCCAGGACCCGCGAGCCGGGGAGGCUGAGGUCGCGCACUUCUCGGUCCGGUCUGACGGGACUGGGACCCUCGCGGGCGCGGCCCCUUUAACAGGGGGCGUGGCCUCGCGACGAGGGGCGGACAGGAGCCAGAGGAGGCAGGAAGUGUGCGCCGCGUGCUUGGGGGGCGGGGCCGCGCUGCGACCGGAAGCGGAAGUGGGUUUUCAGCGGCGCUGGCCGCUCUGUACGCGCGCCAGGGUGAGGCGGGAUGGGGUCCAAGGCCAAGAAGCGAGUGGUGCUGCCCACGCGCCCGGCGCCCCCCACGGUGGAGCAGAUCCUGGAGGACGUGCGGGGUGCGCCCUCCGACGACCCCGUUUUCGCCGCGCUGGCCCCGGAAGGGUUGCGCGGCCAGGGAGGAGGUUUGGGGAGGCGCGACGCAGCAUCUGGCUCUGAGAGCGGCGUGGGAGCCAGCCUGCUCUGUGAUUCCACCAUGGGGUCGCCGCCCUUUGCAGGAGUGGAGGCCGAUACCCAGGCAGGGCCUCAGGAUGCAGACUCCCUAGGCCUCUCCGGGAAGGCGGAGGACACGGAGGCCCAGCGGGAACAGCUCUACCAGCAGAGCCGAACCUACGUCACCAUGAAUCAGCGGCUGCAGCAGGCGGGCGCUGGGCUGAAGCAGAAGUGUGAGGAGCUGUGGCGAGCUGGUGAGGAGCUGGAACGCGACGUCGGCCAGGUGAAGCAAGUGGCGCUGCCGGGAGCCAUGGCUGCCUCCUUGGGCUGAGCGGUCCGCCUGCUUGCCUGCCCUGGGCAGGGCGCCCCCCGACUCCCCGUGACACCUGACCUGGCACAGCUUAGGCCCCCGGGUCCCAUGGUCCGGGCGUGCCCGGUACCCAGAGAGCCCCCGGGACACAGCCGGGCACGGGCGCCUCUCUGGGGGUCAGGCCUGGGACCUGGUGUGGAUGCUGCUCACCCCGGGGCUGUGAAUCCCAGACUGGACUUCACGUGGGGUCCCCAGCACCCGAGGGCCAGGCCGUCCACCCUCCUCUCCUUCCCUCUGGGGACCCUGCUUCCCCGCAUCGUCCCCAAUAGACUGAGCUGGUGGGACCCACUCUGCUGCCUCUGUCCAUCUCUGCCUGAACUGCAGGGCCCCCGAGAUUCCCGAGGAGGCCGGGGGUUCUGUUCCCUCCACCACAGUGGCUGUGGCUAUGAGAGGAGCUUUGCCCGGCAGGGCCCAGAUGUGAGAUGGGGCCUCUGGCGGGUGCCGCCCCUGAGGACCCCGAGCACCCUGACCUAAGGUGUGGGCGCUCCCACAGGGCAGGUUCAUGGUCGGGGUGCGGGGCCGGCCUGGGAGCUGUGGGACUGCAUCACACGGGGCUCCUGGCCCGUCUCCCACACGAGCCCUUGUUGGCUGCCUCCAUCCUGGCAAGCUUCACCUGUGGGUGGGUGUGGGGCCGUGGAACAGAAGCAGAUCUUGAAAGGGGUUUUUCACCCUAGAAGACAGACUUUGGGAAGACCAGGGCAACAGUGUCUGCAAGAGGCAUCACAGAAGCCAGGCUGCUUGGGGGUAUCCCCACUGAGCCCCUCAGGGGCAAUCUGCUCAGAACCCGGUCCCCUGCACAGUGCCUCUGUGAGCUGCCCCUCUCCUGGGGUCCCUGGAAGCUCCGGGGCGGCAUGGUGGGGCGUCCGGAGGUGUUUCUCUUUCCCCGAAGAAGGGGAGUCUGCUUAAGCCUGAGAGACCCCUAAAACGGAACCAGAAAGGAGGCCUGCGGGCACAGGUGUACAGAAAGCCCAGGCUUGGCUCCCGAGAUGGCAGUGGACGCCAAGACUGCCCUGUCCAGGCUGGGCCCCCUCGCGCAUCAGCACCCUUCCACAGCUAACAGCCCGCCCGGUGCGAGGCGCUUCACCCCUCCCUGCUUGGCCCUGGUCUCCAGGCGCUGCCUGACUCUGGGGUGCUGUCUGCUCUCCGGAGCCCCCCCGGGGGUCAGGCGGGGGCGCGCUUGCUGACCUCCCUGUGCUGCCGUCCCGGGGCCAGGCCACACUCCAGCUCUGCCUCCAGGGGCCUGGCCGAGGAGGACUUCUGAAGGGUGUCCUAGCGGGUCGGCUCCUGGCGGAGGCCAGGCCCCUCCAGCCCCACCGCACCCGCACCCGCUUGGAAAGAGCCACAGGCAGCGGGGCGCGGUUCGACAGCUGGGUUUAUUAAAGGUGCACGUAAGA